UAAGCUUAUUGGAAGGUGACCACAUCCCUACAUCAAACGGCCAUUGUCAUUAUAGACGAGUUGCCAUGCCACCAACGACCUCUGCCAUUCCCGGCGAAAUCCUCCUCGGCUCUCUACUUCCCAUCCGUUAUGGCAUCUUCUGACAACAUCAAAGUUGAAAGAGAAAUCAAGGAAAGGGGGCACAAAGAUGAAGAGAAAAAUGAGGAGAAGGGGGGCUUCCUGGAUAAGAUCAAGGAUUUUAUCCAUGACAUUGGAGAAAAGAUUGAAGGUGCGGUGAAGUUUGGAAAGCCAACAGCAGAUCUGAAGGCAGUCCACCUUCCUUCAAUCAAUUUGCAGAAGGCAGAGCUUGUUGUGGAUGUGUUAGUUUCGAACCCCAAUCCUAUACCAAUUCCUCUCGUCGAUAUUGACUACUUGAUCGAAAGUGAUGGUAGAAAGCUUGUAUCAGGGCUGAUUCCAGACGCAGGAACAAUCCAUUCUCAUGGCUCAGAGACCAUAAAGAUACCAUUGACAUUGAUAUUUCAUGAUAUUAAGAGUACUUAUGAUGAUAUUAAACCAGGAAGCAUUAUACCUUAUAGAGUGAAGGUUGCUCUCCUUGUGGAUGUGCCUAUUUUUGGAAGGCUAACUCUGCCUCUGGAGAAGCAAGGUGAAAUUCCUGUGCCUUAUAAACCUGAUGUUGACCUUGAAAAGAUUCGCUUUGGGAAGUUCUCCUUUGAAGAAACUGUUGCAACCUUGCACCUGAAAAUAGAGAACAAGAAUGACUUUGAAUUAGCACUCAAUAAGUUGGAUUAUGAGAUUUGGCUCUCUGAUGUGAGUAUUGGAAGUGCUGAGCUCUACAAAUCUGUAAAAAUUGCAAAAAAUGGAGUUAGCCGGAUUCAGAUUCCGAUGACUUUUCGGCCUAAGGAUUUGGGUUCUGCUGUUUGGGACUUGAUGAGGAGAAGAGGUAGUGGAUAUUCAAUAAAAGGUAAUAUUGAUGUGGAUACUCCAUUCGGACCAAUGAAGUUGCCAAUUAGCAAGGAGGGUGGAACAACUCGUUUGAAGAAGGGUAAAGAUGAUGAUGAUGACGAUGAGGAAUAAAAAGAUGCGGCUUGGGCUAUGCAAUUAGCCACCAAAAAUGGUAGAAAAAAAAUUAUGUAUCAGAAUAUUUUUUUACUAAAUUUGAUUAUGUUGGAUUUUACUUUAGAGCUGUUAAAUUUAUAUUUUGAGAUUAAUAGGUUAUAAAAUUAGGCCAAAACCAUAUUUAAGCA